AUGACCGCUUCUCUAGACCCUCCCGAUUCUCUUCAUUAUCUUUACUGGCUGGGAUAUCCACUGGUAUCUUUGCUGUCAAUUUUUUGUCCAGGAAAUCUAGUUGAGCUUCAUAUACAAUUUAGCCGAGUUAAAAAGCUUUGGAAAAAAGAGCAGAGACUUGUGAACUUACAAGUUAUCGAUAUGUCGUACUCUUUAUAUGUAAUUGAAGUUCCAAAUCUCUCCGGGAGUCUAAAAAUUGUGAACAUAAAUCUCAACGGUUGUUUUAGUUUGGUUGAAAUUCCUUCGUAUUUUCAACAUCUCCACAAGCUUACUUGUCUUGAGCUUGGAUACUGCAUGACUCUCAAGUAUCUUCUAGAGAUGUCAGAAAAUAUUCAAUACUUAGAAUUACAAGACACUGACCUUGAGAAACUUCCAAGCAACAACUGUGAGCUGAAAGUCUCGAAUGUUUUGGGUAUUGCGAGCUGCACAUCUCUUGACGAGUUUUCUGAGCUUCCCAGGGAUAUAACUAAAUUAUCAUUGGUUGGUUUCAAGAGACUUGUGAGUCUACCAACCCACAUUUGUAAGUUGAAAUAUCUCGAGAAACUCGAUCUCUCUAGUUGCUCUGAACUUGAAAACUUCCCAGAGAUCUUGGAGCCAAUGGAACAUUUGAAGUCCUUAAAUUUAAGUGCAACAGUGGUUGAAGAGCUACCAUCAUCAAUCGAGUUUCUCCCUGCUCUCAAAAGAAUUCCAACUACGAGGUCCAUAUCGGCUCGUCGGAAAUACGCAUUGAAGAGAUCCAAAUCCCCUGAUUGGCCCUGCGCCGACGCCAUCGCCACCGUCGGAUUGCGAUUCGCGGAAGAUCAGACCAUGGAAUCAAUCGAGAGCGCCACGCGCUCAGGCUGCCAUACGCUUGAGGAGCGCCGAGAAGAAUCAGAAUACCACGAAUUCAAAGGAUGA